AUGUCCAAACGAACGACGAGCGGACAAUCUACGCCUCGCAAAAAGCCUAAGCUCACGUCAGGUCAAAAUAGUCUAGAUAGAUUCUUUCACUCUUCCCCACGCAAGACGGCCACAGGCGGUCGGCAGGAAACCGAGAGCAAUCCGAAGGGCAAGCACAAGCUCAAGGCAGACUGCGCUGCUGAGAUCAUAGACGUUGACCUCUUGGACGACCCUCCCGCUCCGAGUUCGCACAGGACAUCCACCGUUCAACCUGCAGUACCCCGGUCACCAACACCGAAGACAGCAGCCAAGUUCUCGGGGCUCACUCUCUCGUCUAUCACGUUAGACUCAGGAUCUGCCGUUCCUGGAUAUUCCAUCCUUGACAUCGACCCUCUAUCCCUCGAUUUGACUGCAUGCCCAUGGAGGUCCUCCAGCCCUGCCCCGUUCUCCUUUCUAACCCAUCUCUUCGCCACAUUAUCUCAGACGCGCUCACGAAUCCGCAUAUUGAAUACCAUCACGAAUGGGUUGCGUAUGCUGCUCCGAUAUGAUGCGGCCUCUUUGCUGCCCGCCCUCUGGCUUCUUUCAAACACCCUAUCACCGCCAUAUUCCGCCGUGGAACUCGGACUAGGACCAGCGGUGCUCCAUCGCGCCAUUCAGCAUAUCUCUGGUCUCACGUCCGCUGCGCUGAAGACCUUAUACAAUAAACAUGGUGAUCCAGGGGACGUCGCAUUUGAGGCCAAGAGCAACGUUAGAACUCUACUUCCCCAUCCCCCGUUGACCAUUACUGGCGUCCAUGGAGGAAUGCUGAAAAUUGCCAGCGCGAAAGGAGAAGGCGCUGCGAAACAGAAGCAGGCCAUCGUUGAGAAGCUGCUCAUCGCCGCGAAGGGCGAGGAAACACGCUAUCUCGUCCGGUCGCUCUGUCAAAAUAACCGGGUGGGAGCAGCGCGCAUCACUGUACUCACGGCGCUCGCACGCAGCAUUGUGCUCACCUCCCCGCCAACACUCAAUAUAUCUAUAGCAGGCGAAUCUCGAUAUCAUGCAUCCGCCGAGCUACUAGCUCAGGCUAUAUGUGACGACGAGAGCGCGGACGAGGCACGAAAGCGUAUCGGCGCCCAGAUGACUGAAUCCGAAGCGCUCAUCAAGAAGACGUUCGUGCAAAGACCCGACUACAAUGCAAUCGUGUCCGCGCUCCUGGAGGGGGGCCUAGACGGCAUCAUAGAUCGGGUACCGCUGGCUGUUGGCGAGUCAUUCUGCAGGCCGAGUCCAGAGUUCUACUGGCUUAUUCCCAUUGCAGGCAUCCCGCUACAUCCGACACUCGGCUCUCCCACGCGUUCGCUUGACGAAAUCUACGAGCGAUUUGAAGACUUGCCGUUUGUGGCGGAGUUCAAGUACGAUGGACAGCGUGCUCAGGUACAUGUAUGGGCCGAACCUGGCGUUACCCACGUCAAGAUAUUUUCUCGGCACCUCGAGGACAUGACGGAAAAGUACCCAGACGUCGUUGCCCUGAUGAACCAUAUAUACGAGACAUCUCCGGAUAAGGAGUCGUUCAUUCUGGACGCUGAGGUUGUGGCUGUAGAUGCCGAAGACGGAUCUAUCCGUUCAUUUCAAGAGCUAUCGAAUAGGGCGCGUAAGGUGCAGUCAAGCGCUGAAGUCAAGAUAGCCGUAUGUGUCUUCGCGUUCGACCUCAUGUAUCUGAAUUCCAAGGUCCUGCUCUGUGAACCCUUUCGUAAACGUCGAGAACUCCUUCACACGCAUUUCACUCCUUUCGUGCCUUUGGGGCCAGGGAUCGCGAGGUUCGAUCACGUAGAAAGCUGCGGUAGCGAACAAGGAAGGGAUUAUGUCGAAGAGUUUUGGCAACAAGCCGUGGAAAGCCGCUGUGAGGGCCUGAUGAUCAAGGCAUGUAUGUUCGGCGAAGUUCAUGAUGGAACCGGCCCUCAUCAAAGCAAAUCUCGACGCAAGCCCUUGCCUGCAACGUACGAGCCAGACAAGAGGACGUCGGCAUGGCUCAAGUUAAAGAAGGAUUACGUUAGUGGUUUAGGUGAUUCUCUGGACCUGGUGCCGGUAGGUGCAUGGCAUGGGAACGGUAGGAAAGCACAAUGGUGGUCGCCUAUCUUACUCGCCGUGCGGGACGCUUCCACCGGACAGCUUGUUGCCAUGUGCAAAUGCAUGUCAGGUUUCACGGAUACAUUCUAUAAGGCCCUGCGGGAGAAGUAUGCACCCGGAUCAGAUAAUUGCGCGUCGAGAAACAUCUGGCAAGUUGAAACCGGCGGGCUCAAGCCUGAAGUCUACUUCAAACCAGUCGAAGUCUGGGAAAUAAGGGGGGCAGAUGUAACGCUGAGUCCAGUGUCAGUUGCCGGUAUCGGAAUGAUUUCCUCCAGAGGAUGCAGUCUGCGGUUUCCUCGAUUUAUCAAAAUUCGUAUCGAUAAGACUACUGAGGAGGCGUCCACCGCGGAGUUCCUGGUGCAGAUGUACAAGGAUCAACAGGCAAGAGGCAAGGAUCAGACAGGUGCAGAUGAGGGUGAUCUGGUAGACGUCGACUAUGAAUCGGUAGAAGAAGCAGAUGAUGACUCCGCCAAUGGGGGUGAAGGAUAG